AUGAGCGGACGCGCCUUUCGCCUCGCCGUGCUCGAGUGCGACACUCCCGUCCCCGCCGUCGAGCAGACGCGCGGGUCCUACGGCGAGGUGUUCCGCCAGCUCCUGACCAAGGGCCUUGCUGGCGUUGCCGACGCCAAGUACAAGGGCGCCGAGUUUGCGCUGAGCAAGUGGGAUGUCGUCAGGUCACAGGAGUAUCCCAAGGCGGAGGACGUGGACGGCAUUCUCUUGACGGGGAGCAAGCACACGGCGUUUGCUGACGACGCCUGGAUCGUGGCCCUGGUCGGCUUUGUCAAGUCCUUCCUCGAGACGAGCGGCAAGCCCGUCGUCGGCAUCUGCUUCGGCCACCAGAUCAUCGGCCGCGCGCUCGGCGCAAAGGUCGGCAAGAGCCCCGGCGGGUGGGAGCUCUCGGUCGACAAGAUCGACGCCACGCCAGAGGGCCGCGACCUCCUCGGCGUCUCAUCCCUGUCCCUCCACCAAAUGCACCGCGAUGCAGUCCUCGAAGUUCCCAAGGGGCUCGUCAACCUCGGCAGCAGCCCCAGCUGCGCCAUCCAGGGCCUGUACCAACCUAGCCGCGUCAUCUCGUUUCAGGCGCACCCCGAGUUCGACGGCUUCAUCAUGGAUGAGAUUCUCAAGACGAGGCGGGACCAGGGCAUUUUCACGGAUGACAUGUUUGCCGAUGGGGCGGCGAGGGCGCAGCAGCACCACGACGGCGUGCUGAUGGCAACCAAGAUUUGGGAGUUUUUGCUCGCAACCAGGUCGUGA